AUGCUGUCUACAAGAACACAUGAUCUUGAAGCCCGUGUUCCACUACUUAAUUUUGUUAAUUUAAAAUCAUUAGUUCUCCGUUGUGACUAUCCAUAUGAUUUCAUAUUUCCGCUAUUAUUGAUAUUAAAACAGUUGACAUCACUACAUCUACUCACUGAACAUUAUAACAGUUGUGAUCAUAGUCAAUUAUUAACUCAUCCAACAUUAAAACGAAUUACAUUGAUUAAUGUUUGUUUAACAGAAUUCAAUUUUAAACAAAUAGAAUCAAUACGUUCAUCGAAUAUUGAAUAUUUGAAAAUAAAACCUUGUUCAUUCAUCAAUCUAAAUUUACUAUUACGACACUUACCACAACUAAAAUACGGAAAUUUUACACUUCCAGCUAGAAGUAUGAGAUACCCAUUAGUCAUGGAAAAUACGACAAUUUUCAAUUUAAUUUAUCUCAAAUUAGAUGUAAUUUCACUUGAAUUUAAUCAUUUAAAACAAUUAUUAUCACGCGUUCCAAAUUUGAUCUAUUUAUCGUUUGCAUCUACAUCAAAUGAAUUCUUUAUCGAUGGUCAUCAAUGGCAAUGUUUACUUGAAAAACUUGUCAAUUUAAAAAUGUUUAAUUUAAACAUGAAGAACUGGUAUAAUAAAGCAACCGAUGAAAUAAAAGAAUCAUUUAAAACGAAAUUUUGGAUAGAUGAACAUCCGAAACAAAUAUGA